AAUGAGAAAGCAGUCAAAAGACGAAAAAUCAACCCUUUUGUGUAUCUUCUGUAUUUCAAAUGUAACGCUUAAAACAACCGUCAAAUGGCUGCGUACGGCUGUCUAAAUGGCUGCAUCCGUUAACAUACGUAACGCCUGCCAGUGUUCGUACACCGAUUAGGAUGAUUUAGAAUUGGAUUUCAAAUAUUUUUUCAUUUCGAAAAGCUGCAUAUUUAAAAAUAAUAUUUUUUUGGUAAGGUAACUGAGCAAAUUAUUAAAUUACUUAUAUUAUUUCUAGCAUUCGCUGUACCACAAUGAUUAUGAUGUCUGACUUUUAUAGCUUGAACUCUGUUUUACGACAAACACAAUUAAAUUCAAAUCAAAGGCGAUCAUUACUCAUUAAGACUACAGACAUACUUUGUGCCGGUUGUUUUAAAACUGUCUCGUGGCAAUGAAAUCUAAUUGGACUUGAACACCUUUAAAGGACACACGAGAUAAUGCCUGCAUUUCUACAUCCAGACAACAGUUCUAAGAAAUACACAGAGAGAGAGAACAGUUUGUGUGUCACUUUCUCCUCUUUCUAUUUCUACUGCCCUCUUCACCGGCAAAUGGCACCGUUAGACUCACCGUUUAAACAACAGCUUGUUUUGUCUAAAGUCCUUAUCCGGAUUCCAGCUCGUGCUGCAAAUCCCCUGCAAACUGAUUCUUGGAAUCAUCUAUCAGAUCGCGACGCGAUUAGCCGGACGAACGAUCUUACAAUCUAUCGGGUGGAUGAUUUCAUAAGCGUAAGUAACAGUUUGCGGAUGAAGGUGCCAGUUACUGGAUGAAAGCAAAAACAAAACAAUGUUGUGCUACAAAUUCUAACCGGUGUGUUAAAUAGACAACAGGCUAGCGAGACAGCUGGCUGGUGUGCCCCGAGGAGGUAGGGUAAUACAAUGUUUAGUAAACACAUGGCAAUGGGUGGAUCUUGUUAUUAGCCGACGUUCACGUGAGGCAAAAAUUAAACCUUGCAUAGACUGCCAACGCCGUCGACAAGCACCUAGGCCAUACACUUAGUCGCUCCAUUGAUUUAAUGGGCUCAGUUCUGCGGUAAACAACGCGCAUGUUUGUGUUGUUUUACGCAUGUAAAAUUUUAAAAAAUUUCCCACUGCCCACACCGCAUCAACAAGCAGCGGUGGUUGUUGGUUGUUUUAGCAAACAAGACAAAGCCGUUACUACCGAAUUUCUUAAAGUCACCCCUGUUCCCUUAUCAAGCGAGAGGGUGAGCAAGAUGUUUACUGCAGCCCAGUCGCCCCGACAACAUUAACUCCUGAAUAACUUCCCCAACCGUGUUUGGGUGUGUUUAUGUGUGUGAGUGUGUGUAUGCUUGGUUUCUACGCAGUGCAUCGUCGGUCAAGGAUUGUCCUCAUAAUUGGUAAGAUCGUCAGUGACAACACCACAGCCUUACCUCAUCACAUAAAAGGGAAGCGACAGCCAGCAGCGCAACACAGGUAAGCACGUGGUCGCUGGUGUUGCAACCGUUUGGAAGCGAAUUGACACACAAUUCGCAUUGUAUCGCACAAAUGUCUGGCCGACCGUCUUAUGUCGAUCAUCAAUCAAUUCAGCUUACAGCGGAGGCUGUAAACGUAGAGUAACAGGCAAGACGAGCCACGAACUGAGAAGCGACGACAAUGACGAUAAUGCUUCCCCUGUCGAUGGCCGACUGUGUCGAUUAGACAACAAUUCGGACCGAACCGGACUGAUAAUGGGAAAUUCGAGCCACCGAGCCACUGGCAGGAGGUAAGACGGACGAACGAUUAGCACCGGGCACACGGGGGCAAGCCCGCGUUGUAGAAUGAACAAGCGAACCGAUCGCGUACGAAGAAGAGCCCAACGAUCUCGGGCCGUGGCAGUGGGGAAAAAUCUUCGCGAUUCUCGCUGCCGUGCCCCAUUUAAGCGGUGGCAGUGGCCAAGGUAAGACUAGCAGCCGUCCAGUCAGGAGUGUUGACAAGUGAGUUGCAGCAGCAAGUGGCAGCAGCAACUGUGAGUGAUAAGUGGAGUGAUUUUUUGCGAAUUUGGUGAACAUUCGUUAUUAGUUCCGGUGAUUAGAAAUCGAGAGUGGGUUCGAAUUGAACCGUUUUACCUUUACCUAUCCGGAGAAGCGCAUCCGCCAUCGAAGCAACCAAACCCGGAAACUCCACACUUGACCCACCACGCCACUGCCAAGAUGAUGUCCAGAAAGCUGAUCGAUGAAAGCCGGGAAGGAUACCUGGAGAAUGAAAACUCCCCCUUCCUGAUCAGCAACUACGGGUACGGCAAGGACAGCGUGAAGGUGAUGCACGUGGUGCGCAGCGGGCUGGUGCACACGAUAAAAGAGUUUGAGGUGGGCACAAAGCUGAAGCUACGCAGCCAGAAGGACUAUCUUGAGGGCGAUAACAGUGACAUUGUGGCAACGGAUUCGCAGAAAAACACCGUCUACCUGUUGGCGCGCAAGCACGGCCUCAAGUCACCGGAAGAGUUUGGCAUCCUGCUGUGUCAUCACUUUCUCAGCAAGUACUCGCACGUGGAGGAGGUGUCGAUACACAUCGAGGAGUAUCCGUGGUCGCGGAUGGGCUUCGGUACCGGCCCGUACAAGGAUCUGCAUAAUCACGCGUUCGUCUUCACGCCGACCGCCAUCCGGUACACGGACGUCACGCAGAAGCGAACCGAAAUCAAACCGACCGUCAUCAGUGGGCUGACGGAUUUGCGCGUCCUCAAGACGACACAGUCGGCGUUCGUGAACUUUGUCAACGAUGAGUAUCGCUCGCUGCCCGACCAGCACGACCGUAUCUUCAGCACGGUGGUCCGUUCCUCCUGGCAGUACUCGACCGUGACGGGCGUUGAUUUUGAUUACUGCUGGAACAAGGUGAAGCAGUGCAUCCUGAACAACUUUGCGGGCGAAACGGAGAAGGGCAUCUUUUCGCCGAGCGUCCAGAACACGCUCUACCUGGCGGAGAAGCAGGUGCUGGAGACGAUACCGGAAAUUUCGUCCAUCGACAUGACGAUGCCAAACAAGCACUACUUCACGUUCGACUUCAGCAAGUUCCCGAAGGUGGUGAACGAGGUCGAGCUGAAGGAGGAGACGGUGUACGUGCCGGUGGACAAGCCGGCGGGCAUCAUCUACGCCCAGCUCGAUCGGAAAUCGGAUCAGUACGUGAAGAGUAAGCUGUGAGAUGGAUGCCUGUGGUCGAUGGAUGGAGAACUGUGACCCGCGAAACCUGGAAACGCUAGUGGACUGUUUGGUCUUUGUUUUUAUUCUAUGAACGCUAAGGUGUGUCCUCAAGUAAACGUUAGCGUAAGUGAUGAUGUCAUGCCAAGCUUCUUAGCAUGGUCAUCUUGGCUGGAAUGUACCUCUGUCCCGUGAAUUAUUGCUGAAUGUUUGCACGACUUUGAAGCGCCAAUUGUUAUUACUUAUCGUUUGUUUUUGUGGUCAAAAUGAUGCUCCAAAAAGGUUAUGAUUCAUGCAAACAAACGACACUUUUCGAAUGUUUGCGAGGUGGGCAGUGAAGAGUGAAAUAAUUAAUUCUUUGUAAUUGAUGCACACACCCUUUGGAACAUGCAUCAAAGGAUUGGAGGGAAAAUCAAUUUGUUUGAUUGAAGCGUUGAGUGUGGGAAGUGCAUUUGUAUCUUUUUUUUGUGCAUUUAUUACACUCCCACAGAGUAGCAGAGCAGCCAGAACGUUCCAGUUUGAUUGUUAAUAUAAGUCGAUAAGGAUAAUUUUAUCUCAAUAAAUGAUAUUAUAGCAUUA